GCAAAUGUAGGACAAGGGAAGGAAUCCUAAGAGGUGAAAAAGAAAAUACAUACACAUUAAACACCAGAAGGACAUGAUGCAGCCAUGUUUGGCAGCAUGAUGGUGGAGCAUGGAGCAAUACGUAAUAGCGGGUUUUGGAUUGUGCACACAUGAUCAGUUUGACAACUUAGAAAAACAUACGCAAUGGGGAAUUGAUGUUCUGGAAAAAUACAUCAAGUUUGUAAAAGAAAGAACGGAGAUUGAAAUCAGCUAUGCAAAACAACUUAGGAACCUUUCAAAGAAAUAUCAACCCAAAAAGAACUCCAAAGAAGAGGAAGAAUACAAGUACACAUCAUGCAGAGCCUUCCUAGCCACCUUGAAUGAAAUGAAUGACUAUGCCGGCCAGCAUGAACUCAUUUCAGAGAACAUGACUUCUCAGAUCACUGCGGAGUUAGCACGCUUUGUGCAAGAGCUGAAACAGGAAAGGAAAUCGCACUUUCAUGAUGGCAGAAAGGCACAACAAUACAUUGAAACUUUCUGGAAACAGCUUGAAGCAAGUAAAAGGCGGUUUGAACGUGAUUGCAAGGAAGCCGAUAGAGCACAGCAGUAUUUUGAGAAAAUGGAUGCUGACAUCAACGUUACGAAAGCAGAUGUUGAAAAGGCAAGACAGCAAGCGCAAAUACGACAUCAAAUGGCAGAAGACAGCAAAGCAGAAUACUCAUCCAUUCUUCAGAAAUUCAACCACGACCAACGCGAACAUUAUCACACCCACAUACCAAACAUCUUCCAGAAAAUACAAGAGAUGGAGGAAAGGAGGAUAGUGAGGAUAGGCGAAUGCAUGAAAACCUAUGCAGAAGUGGACCGCCAGGUGAUCCCCAUAAUCGGGAAGUGUCUGGACGGAAUAACAAAGGCAGCAGAAUCAAUUGAUCAGAAAAAUGAUUCACUACUGGUAAUAGAAGCCUUUAAAUCAGGGUUCGAACCACCAGGAGAUAUUGACUUUGAAGACUUCACUCAGCCAAUGAAACGCACUGUCUCGGAAUCCAGCCUUUCAAAUUCCAGAUGGGAUGGAAAAUCUGAGCCCAGGCCUGGCAGCAAAUCCAAGGGCAAAUUGUGGCCAUUCAUCAAGAAAAAUAAGCUUAUGUCCCUUUUAACAUCCCCCCAUCAGCCCCCUCCUCCUCCCCCUGCCUCUGCCUCACCCUCUGCUGUUCCCAACGGCCCCCAGUCUCCCAAGCAGCAAAAGGAACCCCUCUCCCAUCGCUUCAACGAGUUCAUGACCUCCAAACCCAAAAUCCACUGCUUCAGGAGCCUAAAGCGCGGGCUUUCUCUCAAGCUGGGGGGAGGACCAGAGGACUUCAGCAAUCUCCCACCUGAGCAAAGAAGAAAGAAACUCCAGCAAAAGGUUGAUGAGCUAAACAAAGAUAUUCAGAAGGAGAUGGAUCAAAGAGAUGCCUUAACAAAAAUGAAAGAUGUCUACAUCAAGAACCCACAGAUGGGAGAUGCAGCCAGCGUGGAUCACAAAUUAGCUGAACUGGGACAAAAUAUGGAAAAGUUGCGACUAGAGGCCCAGAAAUUUGAGGGUUGGCUGGCCGAGGUUGAAGGCAGGCUACCUGUGCGGACUGAGCAGAGCAGACGACAGAGUGGAAUGUAUGACACCCAGAACACGUCAGCCGUCAAUAACUGUGCACAGGACCGGGAGAGCAGCCCAGAUGGCAGUUACACAGAGGAGCCAAGUCAGGAGAGUGAGAUGAAGGUGCCAGUGACAGAGUUUGAUGACGAGUUUGAUGACGAAGAACCACUCCCUACCAUAGGAACCUGUAAAGCUCUCUAUACGUUUGAAGGUCAGAAUGAAGGCACAAUUUCAGUAAUGGAAGGCGAAAUGCUCUAUGUAAUAGAGGAAGACAAAGGCGAUGGGUGGACGCGAAUCCGGAGGAAUGAAGAUGAGGAGGGUUAUGUCCCAACAUCCUAUGUUGAAGUCUAUUUGGACAAAAAUGCCAAAGGUGCUAUGACUUACAUUUAAUAUCCUUUUUAUUACUUUGCUUGCUUUCACAGGGACAUCCCACCCUGAAACUGCUCUAUGAUGAGCCUUUUUAAGGACUACAUAAUGCCACAAAGUGCAUUAUUUCAUACUCUUAAAUAACGGACUCAUAUGACUUUAUGCACUGUGAUUUAGAUUGGUCCGAUAAGAAGAUACUGAGUGGGAUAAAACUGUUACAAUAGGGGGAUACCCAGCCUUCUCUGGCUGAGACAGCCUUCCAUGGAUAGAGCUCAGUUACUGCCAAUAUACCACCCAGUUCAAGGUGGGGAAUAUAAGGCCAUUCUUAAUAACUAUGUGUCUUCUCUAGCUAUCCAGAUGAUACGUGGCAUUUCAGCCAUAGUCAGAAAUAUGCUAUUUGUUGCAAACUGACUCCGUGAAAUGUUAUACAUGAAAUAAUUAGGGUGCGGUUUGUCUUUCAAUGUGGCAGCUUUUCAGAGCCUAAUAUACUCUCUGUGGGCCAUGUACAUUCAGACAGGGAUCAUCAUUUAGUUUGUUAGUAUUUAUGGGAAGGGGAAGGGGGUCUAUCGAAAAUGUAACCACAAAGUAUUCCACCAUCCUUGGUAGAUCAAGAGGAUGGUGGUAUUAGACUAGAAUUCCCCUCUCCAUAGUUGCAGUUCAGAAAAUUCUCUUUCGGGCAUAUGUGGUUACUACUGAUGCACAGCACAGUUAGUUGUUUCAUCCUCUGCUCACAUACAAUCAAUGGAAUAUUUCAGAGCCUGGAUUCAAGCCUUUUGUUCCCCUUGUCGCUAUUUACACCUCAUGACUGAGGGUCUGUGUCGUGUAAGUGAAAAGUGUGUGCAUGGAAUCAGGGUAUGUGCAUGCUGCUCCCUGCAAGUAUCUCCCUGCUGAUAUAGUCCAGUGAGCAAUCAAAGAGGUUCCAGCUCAGAGGAAGUGACAUCCUGUUUCAAAUCAGGAAGAUUUUGAAGUUCACUGUUAAAUAGUGCAUGGAUUUUUCAAUAAUUUAAUCCUGCAAAUUGUCAUCUUCUUUCAUAGAGUCUAAAUAUUCUCUGUGCACCAAGUUUUUUUGUCCCUUUUAAAAGGAAGAUGUAACUUUCACGUUGGACCACAAGCAAUAGAAAUAGAGGAGCUUCCUGUACAAAACCACACAACUUUAUUCAUUCAGUUUUCUUUGGUUCAGUAUUAAGCAAUGCAGUACCAUGUCCUUUUGAAAUGACAGCCGGGAUUAUUGUUUGAUCUUGCCAUAAUUCCUUCAGUUUGCACUGGCGAAGAUAGGAUCAGUUGGAUCCCUUCCUCCGCCAAGAUAGUCUGUGCGGAAAACUCAGCAUCCUGGAUCUUCUCAUUACCCUUGUAAAGUGGUAUACAAUUGAAUGCAAGUACUGCCUACUCCAUAUACAGGGAAAGGCUGAAAGCUCAGCAUGAGAUAUCUGGUCAUUACCCUUGUGCUUUUUGGUAUGGAGACUGCCUGUAAGCGGGGCCUGCUCCAUGCACAGUGGUAGUUGCAUGUCCAGGCUUAAUUUUUGUCCUGCAAAAGUCUCUGUUGGGCAACAGAAAACCCACCUCAAAAUAACAAUUGUUCACCCCUCCCCUUGAAUACACUGGCAGGCAUAGACAUCAGCAGAGCAGUUUGUGAAGUCAGCUGCUCAGGAGCAGAGCAGCAGGUUUGGUGGGAUAUGCCUCUGAGCAUGCCCAUGUGUCUAAGGGCAGGGUGAAACACUAUUGACUGAAACCAGCAAAAGCAAGAACCUCGUUAAUAAAGGCUGUUUGCUUUUUUCCAGAUGUGUACACAUCACUUCAGAAAAUCCCUGAGUAGGUUUGCAUAGGCCUCUUGUCCUUUUGUUCUGCUGAUUUGCUUCUUCAGUUAUUUUAAGAGGUGUACUUCAGAAGGUUUUCUUUAGAAGUGAUGGAAUGCACAUGCCCUGUCAAUGAAUGAUCAUUUGUUAGAUGCAAUUCAUUCAGCCCCUGAAAGUAAAGGUGCGUCGUUUCCAGUGUGGUUUUUGGCCCAGUUCUGUAGAAUAAUUGUAGACAAUAUUCCCAUCUCUUUGUAAUAUAAUUUAAAGGAAGGAUACACAAGUAAUCUAUUCUCCUUGUGGUGCACACAUGCAGCUUCCAUUAAUGCCUGAUACUUACAUGUGCAAACUAGGAACUGAAUAUAUUGGCUAUAAACCCUCUGGUUUCAGGGAUUCUUAUUGGGGGGGGGGGGGUCAGGAAUAAAAUUCCUCUUUUGGAAGGUUAUCCUAUAAUUUCCUGCUGCAGGGUUUCUUGCACCUUCUGAAGUAUCUGGAGCUGUUGGAUACUAGACUAGUACAACCUCUUGUCUGAUCCAGUCUGGCAAUUCCUGCCUUAUUAGAAAUCGUCCCUUCUAGACCACUUAGGAGCAAAACUGUCUGUCUCUGAGUAAUGCUGUGAGAUAAAGAUAGAUAAUCAAAAGAAGUUACAUAAAAUUACCCUCUUAAUAUUAGAGUAACUUCCCGCUGCUCCCAACAAACAUGCCCAGUUCACUUCCCCUAGAAAUAUUGGCUGUUUGAGUGACAAACAAUGAACAGAGCCUGUUUCAGAGGUUUUAUUUCUUGAAACAAAUGUUGGGCCCACAAUCUGAUUAGUAUUUCAGUCGCUUUGCUCCUGUUGGUUCCAUUCUCCCCACUGUGUGUAUAUAAAUCUAUCGACAGCUCUAGGAUUCUGGCUUUGUUGCAGCUCUGCUGUUUGUUCACCACAACUGUAACCCAGGUUCUUGGGGGGGGUGUGUGUGGUUUUUUUUACCACGCUGAGGCACUUUUUAUCUAGGAUAUACAGUAUGAUUACUUACGCUUGCCAAAAUAUUUAGGAGACAGUAAUUAUGAACUGGAUUAGGACAUCUUUUUUUAGUUUAAUUCCUUUUCUUAAAUAUAUGUCCAUAGUGCUCCCCAUAAAAAGAAUAAUUUGUAUAUAAUGUAACUUAAUAACUAAAGGUACUUGAAUUUCGAUUUUUAUAUAUACAUAUAUAUAUUAAAAAUGGUUUUAUUUGCUGUUUUAUUGCUUAACCCAAUCUUUGUUUUGAUAACCAUUAAGACAAAAUCUUGUUAAGUCGAUAAUUUUUUUUGUGUUUCCUGCUGCCUGCCUCUGAUUGGACUUUUAUAGAAACUUCUGUUCUGUGUUAAAGUUUGUUACAUCUGGUCAAUGUGAUUGUUCCUUUUUUAUUCUUAUUCUUUAAAGAAAACUCAUCUACUGGGUGAGGGUCUCUCCCCAUAGCUAGCUGUACCAUCAUCUCUUCCUCUAAUAAACAUAUUUUCUCAUU